AUGGCUAGGUUUCGAUCACUCUGGCAAGCCUCUUUGAAUGCCACUAAGAGAGCUCUUUCAUGGAACCUUGAAGACUCGAUGCUUCCUACCGAGAGACUUGUUUCCAGCUUUAACUCAAAGGACUCGAUCUCUCUUCAGCGACUCGGCAGUAUCAGGCGCUACGCUGGCCCUUUUGCCAGAUCAAAGCUGCAGCUUGAUGGCGUGAAGGAUGUUAUUGCUGUUGCUUCUGGGAAAGGAGGUGUGGGCAAGUCCACCACUGCUGUAAACUUGGCUGUUGCCUUGGCUAACAAAUGCAAUUUGAAGGUGGGUUUGCUUGAUGCUGAUGUCUAUGGGCCAUCUGUGCCUAUGAUGAUGAAGAUCGACCGCAAGCCGGAUAUCACCGAAGACAAAAAGAUGAUUCCUAUUGAGAACUAUGGAGUUAGGUGCAUGUCAAUGGGAUUUCUUGUAGAGCAGGAUGCCCCCAUUGUGUGGAGAGGCCCCAUGGUGAUGAGUGCUCUCGAGAAAAUGACUAGGGGAGUCAGUUGGGGAAAGCUUGAUAUUCUCGUGGUAGACAUGCCCCCUGGCACUGGCGAUGCUCAGCUUACUAUAACUCAAAGCUUGCAGUUAUCAGGUGCAGUAAUUAUUUCAACUCCACAAGAUGUUGCAUUACUGGAUGCUCGAAGAGGAGUUAAAAUGUUCUCCAAAGUCGAGGUUCCGAUUCUAGGGUUCAUAGAGAACAUGAGUUGCUUCAAGUGUCCACAUUGUGGUGAACCUUCAUACAUUUUCGGUAAAGGCGGAACUCGAAAGACUGCUGAUUCAAUGGGUCACCAUUUCAUUGGCGAGAUCCCAAUUGAAGUUGAUAUCAGGACGUGCUCCGAUAAUGGUACCCCUAUUGUAAUAUCAUCACCUGAUUCUGGUGUCUCGCAAGCCUAUUGUGAAGCUGCCUGGAGUAUAGUUAAAAAACUAGAGGAACUGGCCAAGGGAACAACCUUCCAACCGGAGAUUAAUCUGUGA